AUGACUGCCCGUGCUGACCCACUCCUGCACGCCAUCCGACACAGCCAGAGAGACGCUGUACUGAUGCUGCUGUCUGCUGGAGCUCCUCUCUGUAAUCAGUCCAUUGAAGAUGUGACACCCCUGGAGGCGGCCCACAACACCCUCGGCCUCCCCGCGGUCUUUCCCGCCAUCAUGCGCAAGGCAUACAUUGAGAAGCUGGAGAUGGAGAUGGAGACACAAACGUUAGCUGACUCCAAUUCUUCCAACACUGAAGGACUGCUGAAAAUGAUGAGAUCUUACAAACAGAGUGUUAAAAACUAUGGGGGGCUUUCAGAAGCUAUAUUUAAAGAUGGACAAAGUAUGGAAGCUCGAGACUUACUAAGUUCAGCAGCUGAAAACGGCCUCUCCCUCACCUGCGUUCUGUUGGGGUUGGAGGACAUCACUAUUCACCCAUUAAAAGAUGACAAAAAUCCUUUCGAAAUGGCAUUCAACGCGAACCAUUUUGAUACACAAAUCACUCUCUGCAGAGACCUGAACAUGGUGCCAUUUACCUUCCCUUUACCACCUACGUCACAUUUGCCAGCUGCUUUAUUGCAAGAGUUUUGGCUGAAUGAAAUCAAAGUACUAAAGGAUAUUUGUUCUGGUAAGCACCCCCGUACAAAACUCAACACACAAGAUGAAGAGGACUUGAAAACUUAUGUCGACCAGCUCAUUGAAGCAAAAAGAAGCAUAGACUCAGGAAAUAAAUGGACCUUGCCGUCUCCUGGCAAUAUUUUUCUGUAUCUUUUAGCCAAGCAUGAUUUAGUUUAUAUGCUUGUCUUACUGUAUGAGAGGUUUAGAAAUGUGGAUUUAAUUCAAGAGGUGGAACCAUAUUCAAAGUGUACAAUACUUCACGUAGCCUCCAUGUAUGGUCGCCUGGGUGUGAUUGAAUACCUCUUGUAUCGAGAUCCUCACCUUGGUAAAGUAACCAUAGGGAACUUCUCCGCAGCUCAUCUUGCUGCCUUUGGAGGCCACAAGGAAUGUUAUCAGUACAUUCAGGCAAGAAUGAAUGACAAAGAAAAAAAUCUCAAGUGUGAUAUUGGACUGACAGCUGCAGAAGUAAUGACAAAAUAUGAAGAGUUAUGUAAGAGUUGUGAAUUACCUUUGAUGACUCGUGAGAACGCGCUCUGUGUCAAAAAUGAAGUAGGAGAUGACAAACGAGCACAUGAGCUGUUGCACAUUAAAGGAAAGAUCUUGGGAAUUACCAUGCCAGAUCAUUUGUUACGUGUUGCAGAGAGUAUGAAAUGUAAUGAAGAAAAAGCUGAUGAAAUAAGAGAUAAAAUCAAAUCAGAAACAGAGAAACUAUGUCAAUUUAUUCCCGACAAGAAGUUUGCUGGUAAAAUAGUACCCAUUGGACCUCUUAUAGAGGGAAAUGAGGUUUGUAACAUCAGUUAUGUGGACUUCAUGUACGAGACAUCUCCGAAGGAAAAAAUAAUCUGUACAGCUACAAAAGAGACUGGAAAAAUCAAUGUCGAGUCAAGUUCUAAUCUUCCCAGCGGAUCGGUAUAUAGACAAGAAUUUACCAAAAACCUACAGGAAGCAAUGAAGAAUUAUGUCUGCUCAUCGUCGGAAAUAUCAUUUGCACCACCAUUUCUUCUUCCCACACACAAGGGUGUGUAUAUACGCUGGGUAUGGAACCAGACAAAUUUCCAUCUUUUGACUUCUUACAUUGUGCCAACAGUAGAAGCUCAGCUUAGGUCAAACAGUGAUGAAGAGAAGACAGAGUCUGCAUAUAUUGCCAACGUUUAUGAAGAGUGGAUACAUCGUCCAUAUCACAGUGAGAUAGAGUACUUUACAAAUCUGAAGACAGAUGACAAAAAUGUUUGGUUAGCUUGCCGUCUACUCAGAAAGCUUACUAUGGAGGUGUGGUGGGCUCCCAGAUUCAACACAAAGAGAUACACAAAGCCCUGGAACACCUGGUCUGUCGGCAUUGAAGGUCUGGCAGAGAGAAUUCUUAAGGAACUGUUCAAAGAGGAGAUGGAUUCCUCUGCAAAAGGGGACAAAAAGCUCCCUUUCGACAGAGUUGUGGCAGUAUAUAGUCGUGCCGUGGAGAAAGAUACAGUGUUAAGAAAAUGGGUUCCCAGAAAGGACAAUGACUAUCAUGGAACAGCUUUAUCAGUAUGUGGGAUUCUGGAGUAUCUAGAGUCUCUUAUGAAAGGUGAAAAAAUGUGGGACGCCUAACAGAAUUUCAUUUAUGAUAGUUACGACCCAUUUUAAUUUAUUGAUGUUAACAAUAAUGAGUGUACUCUGAUUAAAGAUUAAUUUACCAAAUAAAGGGAUAAAUUAGAAAAUGGCAUCAUAAGAUAUGUAAAUAUUUGAGGUGAAAUUGGCACUAGUAGAAUAUCCAGCCAUUGUAAAUAUCUGGCUAAACAGCCGAAUAUUAGUACUACUCUGCUAUUAUAUUUCUGUUGCAAACAGGUUAAAUUUGAGUAGGCUGAAAUUGAUCAACACUACAGAAUCUAACCUGGCAGCUCUCUCUAACUGAUCAUGUUGAAUUAUAAAGAUAAUUGUCAUAAUUGUUGCAUUGACGAAUGAUUUUAUUAGUCUGUACGUUUGAAAUAGCAUAAUAAUGUAUCGAGGUGAACCUAGCUCAACCAAUUUACUUCCAUGUUGUCUUCACUCUAUGUUUAUUCCAGCCCGUCCUCCAAAAAUGGGGAGGUAAAUGUACAGAGCCCCAUAAGUGCAAUUAUGUACUAUGUAUAACAGUCAGGAAAUGCACUUAUUACACUUAGUAUUAAAACGUACUGUCAAUUCGGAGGAUGGGUUGGUUUAUUCUGAGGUCUCCGAGAUAUAUUGACAAGUAUUAUACUCUUUCAGCUGAGCUUAAUUUGUUUCAAAUGUAACACAGAUUGAAGCUAAACUUGUAUAUGUACAAAUAAAAGAUGAAUGCAA